AUGGGCUCCCCGGGCGCCGAGAGCGCGGGGAAGAGCCUGCAGUACCGAGUGGACCACCUUCUGAGCGCCGUGGAGAGCGAGCUGCAGGCCGGCAGCGAGAAGGGCGACCCCACCGAGCGCGAGCUGCGCGUGGGCCUGGAGGAGAGCGACCUGUGGCUUCGCUUCAAGGAGCUUACCAACGAGAUGAUCGUCACCAAGAACGGCAGGAGGAUGUUCCCGGUGCUGAAGGUGAACGUGUCCGGCCUGGACCCCAACGCCAUGUACUCGUUCCUCCUGGACUUCGUGACGGCGGACAACCACCGCUGGAAGUACGUGAACGGCGAGUGGGUGCCCGGCGGCAAGCCCGAGCCGCAGGCGCCCAGCUGCGUCUACAUCCACCCCGACUCCCCCAACUUCGGGGCGCACUGGAUGAAGGCUCCUGUCUCCUUCAACAAAGUCAAACUCACCAACAAGCUCAAUGGCGGUGGCCAGAUCAUGCUGAACUCCUUGCAUAAGUACGAGCCGCGGAUUCACAUCGUGAGGGUCGGGGGUCCCCAGCGUAUGAUCACCAGCCACUGCUUUCCGGAGACCCAGUUCAUCGCUGUGACCGCGUAUCAGAACGAGGAGAUCACAGCUCUUAAGAUUAAGUACAAUCCGUUUGCAAAAGCUUUCCUUGACGCCAAGGAAAGAAGCGACCACAAAGACGUCAUGGAAGAGCGCGGCGACAACCAGCAGUCCGGGUAUUCUCAGUGGGGGUGGCUUCUCCCCGGAACCAGCUCCCUCUGCCCACCCGCCAGCCCUCACCCUCAGUUUGGAGGUCCCCUCUCGCUGCCCUCCACCCACAGCUGUGAACGGUACCCCACCCUGAGGAGCCACCGUGCGUCCCCCUACCCCAGCCCGUACACGCACCACAGCAGUUCUCCAACCUACCCUGAGAACCCUUCUGCCUGUUUAUCGAUGCUGCAGUCCCAUGACAACUGGUCCGGCCUCGGAAUGCCAGCCCAUACCAGCAUGCUCCCCAUGAACCCCAACUCUGGUCCCUCGCCUGGUCCCAGCCAGUACCCCAACCUGUGGUCUGUGAGCAACGGCGCCAUCACCCCCAGCUCCCAGACGCCAGCGGUGGCCAAUGGGCUGGGGGCCCAGUUCUUCCGGGGCUCCCCCGCACACUAUGCACCCCUAACCCACACCGCCACGGCAUCCUCCUCGGGCUCCCCGCUGUACGAAGGGGGGGCCACAGCCACAGACGUUCCCGACAGCCAGUACGACGCUGCGGCCCAAGCCCGCCUUGGGGCCUCGUGGACGCCGGUGUCCCCACCCUCCAUGUGA